UGCACACGGCCCCGCCAUGUGAUCACCUUUCUCUUCGAGGAAGUCAGCAACAUUUUCCGUGCCCUGUAAAAAGGUUGUAGCUCUGUAUUUCAAGCCAACAUGUCCGUCAAAGCCGUUUGCGUGCUAGUUGGAGAGACCGUGAAGGGGACUGUGACAUUUACUCAAGCGAGCUCAGACUCCCCAGUAGAAGUGACAGGAACUAUCUCCAACCUGAAGCCACCAGGCAAGCAUGGCUUCCACAUCCACGAGUUUGGAGACACCACCAAUGGGUGCACCAGUGCAGGAGGCCAUUUCAAUCCAGCAAAGAAGAACCAUGGAGGUCCUCAGGAUGAGGAAAGGCAUGUUGGUGACCUGGGUAAUGUAGAGGUGGGAGAAGAUGGUGAGGCCAACAUCAAAAUCACAGACUCCCAGCUCCAACUGACCGGUCCUAACUCCAUCAUUGGUCGUGCUGUUGUGGUGCAUGCUGGGGAGGAUGACCUUGGGAAAGGCGGAUUCGAUGACAGCCUGACCACGGGGCACGCCGGAGGACGUCUAGCGUGCGGCGUCAUCGGCGUCACCAAGCAGUGACUCGCCCGCCUGCGAAGCCCUUCAACUGUUUACAGAGUGAAACAAAAGCUAUGACUGUCGCACCAGACACUAUGACUCAAGUGCCAGUAACAAUGCUACACUCAGAUCUACCAUGAAAGUUAUCUGUGUUAGUAGUUACAUGUUUAAGGUUAAAACUUUUGUUUGAGCUUUUGACCAAUUACUCUUCAAAUUUCAAUAGACUAUAAGUCUUCUUCAAUAGACUGACCCACCAGUGAGACUUAUCAUGUGGCAGUUCUAUGGUACAAAGAAUCAAGUUCAAUCAACUGUACUAGUAGUACAGUCUGGAGGGUUUACAAUUGUGCAACUGUAAGUAAAAGUGAUUUUGUGUUGCCCUGUAGGCAGUUGAUAGAGGCUAACAUUGCUCUUUUUUGUUCCUUGUUGUUACUGUCUUCGAGCUGUUUCACUAUGAAGCUAGCCUGCCUAGCCUAAAGAGCUAUUUAGACCUAAAUGACGUAGCAAGAAGAAGCUAUUUUCAGAGAUGUUAACAGCCCCUCACAGUCUGUGUGGUUUGUAUUGUGAAUAUCAGAAUAAACUGGCUACAAGCUCUGGGCA